AUGUAUCAACGUCUCUAUUUAUUUGUAUCUUAUUCAUUUGUAAACAAAAUUUCAACAUAUCGUUCAAUACAAACUAUGAGCGAUAUUCGAAAAGGUUUACAAUCUUUAGUUGGUGCACAAUUAGUUUUUGCUCAUGGAAGUCAUAAUGGAAGUCAUGCUCAAUUAACUGAUGAUAUUAAAAUUGAUUCUACAUUAAUAUCACGUACAAUAGCUGAAAGUUAUGAUGAAGCUAUUAUUCCAUUAGCAUCAAAUAUAAAAUUACGUGAACCAUAUGCUAAUUUUGAAAAUAAAGUACGAUUUGGAAGAAUACUUGAAGAUCUUGAUACAAUGGCUGUUCAUAUUGCAUAUAAACAUAAUAGUCCACAAUUAAUUAAAUCAAUUAAUGUUCAUCCAUUAGCUAUUGUUACUGCUGCUGUUGAUCGUAUAGAAGUCGCAAUACCUCAUAUGCACAUGGAUCGAGAUAUUCGUUUAAGUGGUUUUGCUUCAUUUGUUGGUAAAACUUCUAUGGAAGUUACUUUAAAAAUUGAUCAAGAUAAUAAUGGUACUUGGGAACAUGUACUUCAUGCUUUAUUUGUUCUUGCUGCACGAGAUCCAAGAACAAAAAAAUCAGCCAAAAUGAAUCCAUUAGUAGGAACAACUGAAGAAGAUAAUGCAAUUAUUAAAAAGGGAGAAUUACAACGUCAACGUCGUCUAGCUGAACAAGAUAAAUCAUUAUUUAAAAUUCCACCUGAUACAGCUGAAAGUACAAUUGUUCAUAAUCUAUUUCUCAAAACAAUAACACCAAGUACAUCAAUAUUUCGAACUCGUCUUUUAGUAGAAAAUUCAAUGUGGAUGGAAGAAACAAUUCUACGAAAUAUGCAUAUUUGUCAUCCAGAACAACGUAAUUUAUAUAAUAAAAUUUUUGGUGGUUAUUUAAUGAGAAAAUCAUUUGAAUUAGCUUGGACAACAGCUAGUUUAUUUGCAAAACAAUCAUUAAGUACACUUGCUGUUGAUGAUAUUAUGUUUCAACGUCCAGUAGAAAUUGGUUCACUUUUAUUUCUUUCGGCAAUGGUUGUUUAUGUUGAAGAUAAUAAAAUUCAAACACGUGUACAUGCUGAAGUUGUUGAUAUUCAUACAACAAAUCGUGCAACAACAAAUAUUUUUUAUUUUAUUUUUAAAACAAAAAAUAAUAUACAACCACUUGGAAAUGUUGUACCAAAAACAUAUGCUGAAGCCAUGAUGUAUUUAGAUGGUAAACGACAUCUUCAUUAA